AUGUCGGGUUCGGAACAAACGAUUCGCGACUUACUGAUAUCAAUUGCUGACGAGCUCCACUAUAAAAAGUGCCACAUCGAGCUCCGACCUACCUGCACCAAUGGCACCAACUUCUGCUCGAAGCUUUACGAGGCGACAAUCUCAGCGCCCGACAAGCCUGACGUUGAGCUGUUUGCCAAAUUCUGUAUCAUUGGUGAGGAAACUAGGGCAUUAUUUAAAAGGGACAUAUAUUCAAGAGAGUUUUUGUUCUACACCGAAUGGAUGAAUAUAUACAGACGUUUGGAAGAGAAACACAACAUUCCGCGGAGAGACAGACUGUGUCUCGCAAAGUAUUACGGCUGUAAUAACGAGUACCUGAAGGAGUCGAUUGUGUUGGAUAAUUUGUUGAAGAAAAACUUCGGAGUCUACGAGCGAUUAAAAAGCGUUGAUUGGGUGCACGCACGUGAAAGUGUUAAGCAGUUGGCGAUCCUACACGCAUCUUCUAUCACGUACGCCCAAGAGUGUCCGCAGAAGUUUGCAGAAAUCACCAACGGGCUGGGGUUCGUUUACCCGAAAUGGUACAUCGAAAAAUUCGUGCAUAACGCUCUGGCCGUUGCCAAGGAAGACUACCGCGACAGGUUUUCCGUUUUCCUCAAGGAGAAUUUGAAAGACGAAAACUAUGAGAGGUUCUUCAAACCAGGCCGAAUCGCCGUGUUGAUUCAUGGUGAUUUCAAACCCAGUAACCUGAUGCAUCGUGUGCUUGAGAAUGGAGACUUAGAAGUUGCGAUACUGGAUUUCCAGACCUUUAGAAUAGGUAACCCAACAACGGACCUGGUGUAUUACAUAUACAAUAGCACCGACGAGGAGUUCCGUCGAAAUCAUUAUCAUCAGCUCAUCGAUCACUACUACGAAGAGUUGGGCUCAGCGUUGCGCAGACACGAUCUUGAUCCCGAGAAGAUAUAUUCGAAACAGGACUUUGAUUAUGACCUUAAAAAGAUGCUUCCGUACGGUCUUCUUAUCGCCAUUAUGGUGUUACCGUUUGUGACUGUUGACCCGGAGGAUGUGCCCAGUAUCGAAAACACCGUUGAGCACGAAGACACGGGCCUAAAGCCUACCGCUUUAUUCGCUGAAAUGUUGAACGGCAUCAUUAGCGACUAUAUAAAAAUGGGUGUAUUG